UGAGAAAAAGUGCUGCGAAAAAAAAAACUUCGACUACGACGAACAUUUUAUUUUUUCCAAAGAAUCUACACACAACCAACGAACGACGACGACACCAAGAUAGCACAGCUACAGAAACAACACAACACUAGGCGCGAGUCCUUUUUUUUCUUACGUUUAGUUUCCUCGCCGUUUUAAAAACUUUUCUUCAUCAUGUCUUCUGCACCCGCCUCCUCCACCUCGAGUGGCGAAAUCAAAUAUGUCACCGAAGUGCCUAGUAGUCUCAAACAAUUGGCCCGCCUGGUAGUGCGCGGCUUCUAUACCAUAGAGGAUGCUUUAAUAAUUGAUAUGCUGGUGCGUAAUCCCUGUAUGAAAGAAGACGACAUUGCUGAGCUGUUGCGCUUCGAAAAGAAACAAAUGCGUGCUAGAAUAACCACGCUGCGUAAUGAUAAAUUUAUACAGAUACGUUUAAAAAUGGAGACGGGUCCCGAUGGCAAAGCACAAAAGGUUAAUUAUUAUUUCAUCAACUAUAAGACAUUCGUAAAUGUGGUCAAGUAUAAAUUGGAUUUGAUGCGCAAGCGCAUGGAGACAGAGGAGAGGGACGCCACCAGUAGAGCUAGUUUUAAGUGUACGAAUUGUAAUAAGACAUUUACGGAUUUGGAGGCGGAUCAAUUGUUUGAUUUUGCCACACAGGAGUUUCGUUGUACCUACUGUGGCAGCACAGUGGAGGAGGAUAGUUCGGCUAUACCGAAAAAAGAUUCACGUUUAAUGUUGGCCCGUUUCAAUGAACAGCUGCAGCCUUUGUAUGAUUUGCUGAGAGAGGUGGAGGGUAUUAAGUUGGCGCCGGAGAUUUUGGAACCUGAACCAGUGGAUAUUGAUACCAUAAGAGGAUUGAAUAAACCGGGUAACCAUAGAGGUGAGGGUCAAAUGUGGUCGGGCGAAGCUACACGAAAUCAAGGUUUUGCUGUGGAAGAAACACGUGUAGAUAUUAAUAUAGGAGGCGAUGAUAUGCCUGAAACUAUGGCCGAACGCAAGGCCCGACCCAUCUGGAUGACAGAGAGUACUGUUAUUACCGAAGACAAUGGCGAUAAUACAGAUGCCAUUUUAAACGAGGCCGCACAAAAUUCCCAACAGCUGGGAAACUCAACAUCAGCAUCCACCUCAUCUACCUCUAAUUCGAAUAGCAAUCGCCGCAAGGAACAUGAAGACAUUAUGGCUGUUUUGCUGCAGCAUGAAAAGCAACCAGGACAAAAAGAAGAUCAUCUGAAAGGCAUUAAAUCCAAUGCCAAUUCCAGUGAUUCAAGUGAUGAUGAUAAUGAUAUAGAUAAUGCCAAAAUACCCAAAACCGAUUACAAUAAUUUUAUCAAUUCCGAAUCUGAGGAGGAGGCAGACGAUGAUGUUCCUUCUGUUUUAGUGGCUGGCCGUCCGCAUGCCAUUGAUCAAAUCAAUGAUGAUUUAAUUGCCCAAAUGUCUCAACAGGAAAAAGAAAACUAUAUACAUGUCUAUCAGCAACACUAUAGUCAUAUAUAUGAUUAAAAAUCUUUUUAUUUAAAAAAAUUCCUUUUUCCCCCAUUUCACUAGUUAAUUAUGUAUAAACAAAUAACAAAUUUAUAUUAUAUGUUUUCUUUAAAAGCAAAGCAACAAAAACAAAACAAAUAAAAGUCUUUCCCGUAUUCUGAAUUUUAUAUUUAAAACUAAAAGAAAACAAACAAAACCACUAAAGUAACAAUAAAUUUUUAAACAAAAUUAUUGUAAAUAAUUAAA